AUGGACGACAUCGACGCCAUGUUCAGCGACCUGCUAGGCGAGAUGGACCUCCUGACGCAGAGUCUGGGACAAGAAACAGCGCCGCCACCGUCGCCGCCGCCACCCCCUUUGACUCUACCCGACGUCGAGCAGAAGGCGGACCUCUCCGUCGGCUUCACGGACCUCAACGCGUCACUUGAUGAGCUGGAAGACACCGACUUGGACGCUCUGAUGGCCGACCUGGUGGCCGACCUGAACGCCACCGAAGAGAAGCUGGCGGCGCAGAUGGAAGGCCUGACGCUUCCUCUGCCCUCUAGCGGCCGCCCGGCCUCGUCCUCCGGCGGCGAAGCCUCCGCUUCGCCCGUCUCGCCCGCUCUGCCGGCUCCGCCCCCGCAGUCCAGCAAACCGUCCAUGGAGGAGAUCGAAGCGCAGAUGAAAGCGGACAAAAUCAAGCUAGCUUUGGAGAAACUCAAAGAAGCCAAAGUGAAAAAGCUGGUGGUGAAGGUGCGCAUGAGCGACGGCAGCUCCAAAACCUUGAUGGUGGACGAGCGACAGGACGUGAGGGACGUGCUGGACAACCUCUUCGAGAAGACUCACUGCGACGGCAACGUGGACUGGAGCCUGAGCGAGACCAAUCCCGAACUGCAACUAGAGAGGACAUUUGAGGACCACGAAAACCUGGUGGAGCCUCUGCUGGCUUGGACAAGGGACAGCGAGAACCAGAUCCAUUUCCAAGAAAGCCCGGACAAGUACGAAGUCUUUAAAAACCCGCAGAAAUUCUACUUGUGGAAGAAGAACAAGAAGGUCUUGAAUGAUAUGAAGGACAAAGACAAGGAGCUCUUAAUCAAGGAGAACUUCUGCGGGACGUCCGUCAUGGUGCCCGACCUGGAGGGGGUGCUGCACCUCAAGGAGGACGGUAAGAAGUCGUGGAAGCCCCGCCUCUUCCAGCUCAGGGCCUCCGGGAUUUAUUACGUGCCCAAAGGCAAGACCAAGUCGUCGCGUGACCUCGUUUGCUUCGUACAGUUCGACAACGUCAACGUUUACUACGGGAAAGACUUCCGAGCGAAACACAAAGCGCCUAGCGACUUUUGCUUUGUGCUUAAACAUCCUCAGAUCCAGAAAGACUCUCAGUACAUCAAGUACCUGUGCUGCGACGACGCUUGGACCAUGAACCUUUGGGUCACCGGAAUACGCGUCGCUAAGUAUGGCGCCGCCUUGUAUGAAAACUUCAAAACGGCCGAGACCAAGGUGUCCGUCGGUUCCGUUUGGGCCGAGCGGAAAAAAAACCAAUCAGAGAACCAGGUGGCCAAUGGACACGCCCCCAAAGUGCAAUCCUCAACUCAGGAUGACAACUUGCCACCAGCACCUCCUCCACCUCCAAUAGGCGGGGCCCUACCUCCACCACCUCCUCCAUUAAAUGAAGCUCUUCCCCCACAGCCUCCCCCACUAAGCGGAACGCUGCCCCCACCACCUCCCCCUCUAAGCGGAGCCCUGCCCCCACCGCUUCCCCCACUAGGCGGAGCCCUACCCCCACCGCCUCCUCCACCAGAGGGAGCUUUUCCACCGCCUCCUACACCAGGCGCAGCCCUCCCGCCGCCUCCUCCCACAUUCUCCAAAUGCAAUUUACCUAACCCAACUCCCCUGCUCCCCACCAAAUCUUCGCACAAACCCAUCCCCCAACCACGGCGUCCACCGUCUAAAUUGCCAGUCGCCACGGACAACCUGCCCGCUCCGCCGCCCCCUCCGCCAGCCGUCGACGAGUCCCCGCCAAAUUUCCACCCGCCGCCUCCUCCGGGGCCCCAUUUUGGCUCUCUGCCACCUCCUCCUCCGGCCGUAAAGACCCUGCCGCCGCCGCCACCGAGUUUCAAAAGCACGGCCCUGCCGCCGCCGCCACCUCCCGAUCCCGGAUUUUUACCACCGCCGCCGCCCACAGGCGGGCCCCAACCACCUCCGCCUCCCCCUCCUCCUCCUCCUCCGACAGCAGCAGUCGCAGCCAGGCCUUCCGGGUCGCUGAAAAAGGUGCCGCCGCGUCCUCCUAAGAGGACGACGCCGUCUCUGCAAGGAGGAGGCGGAGAAGGCGGCGACUUCAUGUCGGAACUGAUGCGAGCCAUGCAGAAGAAGAGGGACCCCAUUAAUUAA